AUGCAAGAAUUUCAUGCUGCGUCGCCGCUUCAGUCCUCGUCACCGUACUUAAUGGGCAUGCGCGCGGCCUCCUCGGGCAGCAUCUUCCACGAAUCUGUUUGGCCGCCUCCAAACGAAGGCAGCCGCUUCGUCGACCCACUCGUCCAAGGCUCGAGCCAGGUUGAUCUCACGCGUAUUGUGCCUGACGUGAUGGGCCCCGACCAGCAGACGCGAACAGUCAUAUACGGUACUCCCGUUGUUGUUGGCGACGGCUCGGUCGCACAGCAUGGGCGCCCAAUCUCGCAAGCCGGUCUCCUUUCAUACCCAUCGGGUCCAGCAAGCCCCACAGCGACGACAGCGACGCACCAAACGACCUUCACGCAGCAGACUACGUACACGACGCAGACCGCCCCAUCACACCACCCCAUGCCGUCCCACUCGCUCAGGCGCUCGUGGGAACGCGCUCAGAACCAGCCGAUCAACGAGUCGCUGUAUGACCCCAACCGCGAUAUCGACUGCGGGAACGCUGGCUCGCCGGUCGUGGAGCCGCAGCAAAUGCGUCUGGUAAUCAAGAACGCGGAGCCGCUGUCGCCGUUAUCGCCGACGCCAGUGGAGCCCGACCAGAGCUUCGCUCAAGCGCAAGCAAAAAGGGAGUCCGUCAUCAGCGGCAGCCCGCGCUGGUUAGAUAGGCAGAUUAGGAAGGAAUAG